AUGCAACAACAGCAGAAGAAGCAACAGCAACAACAGCAACUGCCCUAUCAGAACACGAAUGGACAAAAUGUUCGGAAAGCUUCAACAAAGGACGAACGGAAAAACAUACCUCAUAAAGGGGCUAGCAAACAUAUGGUAAGUGAUGACUUUGCUAAGGAUUCUCGCCAGCUAUUACUAGCAUACUUGUAUGAAUAUUUAAGAGCUAAUGGCAUGGAGGAGUCAGCAAAAUCGCUAUUGAUUGAGGGUGAUGUUCCUACCAACGGGUUAUCGACGAAUGAAAACUACGAUAAUAUUGAUUACAAGAUGUCCUUAGAUCACUCAGACACAUUUCUAUUAGAAUGGUGGUCGUCUCUCUGGACCAUGCAGGCGACUGCUAAUCCGAAUAUGAACCAGACAUUGAACCAAGCUAACCCUAAUAUGAAGAAAAAUCCAAUGCCACCUCCUACGGUAAGGCAGGGGUUAAAUAUGAACAUGGCUCAAUAUCAACAACAAUUGAAACUACAGCAAAUGAGGCUUCAGUUUCAACAACAACAAGCACAUCAAGGACAACAAACACAACAAACACAACAAGCACAUCAAGCACACCAAGGACAAAUACAACAAGCACAACAAGCACUACAAGCACAACAAGCACAACAAGCACAACAAGCACAACAAGUACAACAACAGCAACAUUUGCAAUCACCGCUAAUGGUAAACGGUCAACCACAGCAGCCUCAAAUGCAACUUCAAAAUCAAAUGCCACAGCAACAUCAGCAAAGACCUUUACCGCAAGCUCAGGAAUUGCAACCUUCUCAAUCAGGUCAAGUACAGCAUAAGACCGUAAAUAAUGACGCCAUUAAUGACUAUCAAUUGAAUUUGUUAAUGAUGGAGAAUCAAAAUAAUAUUCAAAAGAGACAGUUCAUGCUAAUGAAGCAACAGAGACAACAACAGCUGCCGCACCAGCAAUCAAGCCAGCUGCCACACCAACUGCAACCAAUACAGGCUAAUCAAAUGGAAGCCAAAACAAAAGAUUUAAAUGCAAAUACUCUGUUAGUUUCGCAACGUCCUCUACAACCACAGCAACAAUCACUUUUGCAACAACAACAACAGCAACAUUUACAACAGCAAUUGUUAAUGAUGCAGCAGCAAAAUAAGGGUGUUGAUGCUUAUCAGACGGCUAACAAUAAUACAAAGAACACGAUUAGUGAUAUAAAACCCAAUUCUGCUCAAAAUAAUUCUAUAGAAGCCACUAACGAUGAUCCUAAUUUGACAGCACAACAGAGAAAUCAAUUUAACUUGCAGUAUCAAUUACAACAGGAACGAUUAAAGUACAUUCAACAACAGCAAGCGAUGCUGGGUAAUUUAGAUAUAAACGCUUCAGCUAUUUUAAAUUCCACAUCUUUUAAUAAUGAUUUGUCAAUAGAUGAUGACUGGCUAAGUGGGAUGGGUGCAGGCCCAGGGUUCAUUUAA